AUGAAAAGCAGUGCGGGCCAGACGACCACACCAAGUUUCCCGCAAUGUUCUGUUAGGAUAACUACAGUGACACCGUGUCGUACUGCACAGGCGACCGCGUUGGCUUGGGCCAAUGCAGUUUUUCGUGGAACGACGAGUGCCUUUUCAUUUGCUCGUCACAUUUUGGUUCAUGCCGCAAUGAGGAAAGCACAGCCCUGCACGGGGGCCGCCUGGGCGCAGGCUCAUGGUGUCUCGACGGGAGUCGCUCAAGGUGAACGUGGAGACGUAUGGCCCGGAGCCCAGGGUGGUUGUGCUGUGGCCGCCGUCUGCGCGGAGGUGGCGUGUGCCAGGGGUUCGUUCAGGGUCCGUUACAUCGGCGACAGUGACUGGUACGACUGCCCUGAGGGAAGCUUUCUCUCAGGUGUGGGCACUUCCGUUAACUUUGCGAGCGGCAAGAUCAGGUGCCCCAAGUACGACGAGGUGUGCACCAUCACUCCCGCCGGCAGGAGUGGUGUCACGCGCCACCCCAGCGACGAUGACGAGUUGUGGGCACUGGGGACGAUUACCCCUCACAUGCACUGCACCGUGAGUCCCGACGUCGGCAAGGACUUCGUGAACGCAGGCGCCCCGAGCUGCUCCGCCCCGAAGGAACUGAGCCGAAGACGAAGUGGGAAAGAAAAGGACCAACGGGGGUGGAGAGAAAAAAGUGAGCGCUAA